CUUUCCUGUGUUUCAUCUUCUCCAUACCUACUUCACUCUCUCUCUCUGCCUCUUCGAGGUUCAGAUCGGGUACUCUCUCUUGCUCGAUCGCCGGAACCUCGCCGGGACCCUCCCAUUAUCGUCUCCGGUCGCCUGAAUCUGCGGUAAAAAUGAGGGAAAUUCUUCACGUUCAAGGUGGUCAAUGUGGAAACCAGAUUGGAUCGAAGUUCUGGGAGGUUGUUUGUGAUGAACACGGUAUUGAUCCGACUGGUAGAUACACUGGAACCUCCGAUCUGCAAUUGGAGCGAGUGAAUGUGUAUUACAAUGAGGCUUCCUGUGGGAGGUUUGUUCCUCGUGCUGUGCUCAUGGAUCUUGAGCCUGGUACCAUGGACAGUGUGCGAACUGGUCCGUAUGGACAGAUUUUCAGGCCUGAUAACUUCGUUUUUGGGCAAUCCGGUGCUGGAAACAAUUGGGCCAAGGGGCAUUACACCGAGGGAGCGGAGCUCAUUGAUGCUGUUCUUGAUGUGGUGAGAAAGGAGGCUGAGAAUUGUGACUGUCUUCAAGGUUUUCAAGUCUGUCACUCUCUGGGUGGUGGAACUGGUUCUGGGAUGGGGACUUUGUUGAUUUCAAAGAUCAGGGAAGAAUAUCCUGAUCGAAUGAUGCUCACCUUCUCUGUGUUCCCAUCGCCGAAGGUCUCAGAUACAGUGGUUGAACCAUAUAAUGCAACCCUUUCUGUUCAUCAACUUGUAGAGAAUGCGGAUGAAUGCAUGGUGCUGGACAACGAGGCCCUGUAUGAUAUCUGUUUCAGGACACUCAAGUUAACUACUCCUAGCUUUGGUGACCUGAACCAUUUGAUCUCUGCAACUAUGAGUGGGGUAACAUGCUGCCUAAGGUUCCCUGGUCAGCUUAACUCUGACCUCCGUAAACUUGCUGUCAACCUCAUCCCUUUCCCUCGUCUACACUUCUUUAUGGUUGGUUUCGCUCCCCUUACUUCACGUGGGUCUCAGCAGUACCGGGCAUUAACUGUUCCUGAGCUCACCCAGCAGAUGUGGGAUUCCAAGAACAUGAUGUGUGCUGCAGACCCACGUCACGGACGCUAUCUCACUGCCUCAGCCAUGUUUAGGGGCAAGAUGAGCACAAAGGAAGUCGAUGAACAAAUGAUCAAUGUUCAAAACAAGAAUUCUUCUUACUUUGUCGAAUGGAUUCCAAACAACGUGAAAUCAAGUGUCUGUGACAUUCCUCCCAGGGGGCUUUCAAUGGCCUCAACCUUUAUCGGGAACUCGACUUCCAUCCAGGAGAUGUUCAGGCGUGUAAGCGAGCAGUUCACGGCCAUGUUCAGGAGGAAGGCUUUCUUGCAUUGGUACACUGGAGAAGGCAUGGACGAAAUGGAGUUCACUGAGGCCGAGAGCAACAUGAAUGAUCUUGUAUCCGAGUAUCAGCAGUACCAGGACGCCACAGCCGACGAGGAACUCGAUUAUGAGGACGAGGAGGAAGCUGAGCAUGACAUGUAAUGUGUGAGAGAUUACGAGCCUUAUGCCGCUACUAUGGUGAAGAAUGAUGGAUGCCUAAAUAUAUCUACUACUGCUAGUUGAGCGCUGGAUGUUUCAAUUUAUUUGGAAUAUGACUGCUAUAUUAGUAUAUAGUAGUAAAUAUGUGGUUGGAAAAAUUCCCAUUUUUCCAUCUGGUUAUGGUAUAAUAAUAUUCAUAGGUGGGAGAUUCAGAAAGUUGUUUGUAUUGCCCUGUUUGAAUUCUUUUUCUGUUUUCAAUCCAUUUCUAGUAUAUCUAAAGUUUUAUAAGCCUCCUCUUGUAAAUGAGUGUGGUCCCUAUUUGCUAAUUUGGAUGCUUGUUAUAUUUUAUCACAAUGCCACCCAGUUUUCUCUGA